AUGCCGCCACCACCAGUAUCCCCAAUUUCUAUCCCAGCCGCAAAGUAUGGCCAAGGUCCGACUCAGGACGAGGAUAUCGUCUCACCGUUGCCGCCUGAUUCGGUUUUGGGCAAUGGUUCACGGAGACCCCAAGCUUUCCGCGUCAAGCGCAAGCCAGUUCCUCGGCCUCCUCCAGCAAGAUCAGCUUCAUACCGACCAAUCUCAAGAGACUCGAGACCUGAAUCACGAUGGUCGAAUGGGUUGAGACCCGAAUCGCGAAGAUCUGGACGUCCAGAAUCGUCCAGGAGUUUCUCCGCUGGCUUCGCCUGGAUUGGUGAAGCGAUUCUCUGGCCAACGAGAAGACCUUCACAGCGCUCGCCCAGGAAGAUCGAGGAACCCCAGAUGAGAGAAGCCACGCUACCCCGACGUUUCACGUCAGUCUAUGAUCCUCGGAUGGAGCGUGGCUUAUCAAUGUAUGACCCGGACCUCGACAUCAAUCAGCAUGUGGAGGAGCCCAAGCUCGACUCGACUGUACAGAAAAACUUGGCGAUGCUUGAUAUGACAUGGACUUUACCAAGCUUCAAAUACUCAUAUGUUGAGUCACAAACUCGUACGAGUAUCGACAUAGCUCUUGCUGCCGACGAGCCAUCAGAGUGGCAUAUAUCCCCAUUUUCACUCGGAAUGAUCGCACUUGCAUUGGUGUGUAGUAUCUUCCUUGUGGCACUCGAUAUGACCAUCGUGGCCACUGCGAUUCCUGCCAUCACCGAUGAGUUUCACUCCCUUGACGAAAUCGGUUGGUACGGAAGUGCGUUCUUCCUCACCAUCGGCUCCUUUCAGGCGACAUGGGGGAAAUUGUACAAGUACACCCCGUUGAAGAUCUCAUACCUAGCUAGUAUCGCCAUAUUUGAGGUCGGAUCAUUGAUAUGUGGCGUUGCAAAGGACUCCACUACUCUCAUCGUUGGAAGGGCCAUUGCAGGAAUGGGUGGUGCAGGCAUUGCAUCAGGUGCAUACAUCGUGAUCGCUUUCUCGGCACCACCAAAGUAUCGUGCUAUGUUUACGGGUAUUAUGGGCGCAACAUUUGGUCUUGCGUCGGUCAUUGGUCCCCUUUUAGGAGGCGUCUUCACCGAUCAACUUUCGUGGAGAUGGUGCUUCUACAUAAAUCUCCCAAUCGGUGGUGUAGCUACGGCUAUCAUUGUGGCCUUCUUUCAUGCACCAGUUCAGCCAGAGCCAGCAACCCGACGAGAAAUCGUUCUUCAAAUGGACUUUCCUGGAACUUUUAUUCUAAUGGCCGCCAUCAUCUGCUACCUACUGGCGAUGCAAUGGGCAGGAACAACCAAGCCGUGGGAUGACCCAUCUGUUAUUGCCACUUUGGUAUUGUUCGGCCUCUUGAUUGUCGCCUUCAUCGCCGUCGAAUACUACCAGGGGGAGAGGGCUCUGCUGCAAGGCCGACUCGUCAAGGAUCGUACCAUAAUGGCAAUGUGCGCUUACAUAUUCAUCGUUGCUGGUGCCUUUUUCACCCUCCUCUACUUUCUACCGAUUUAUUUCCAAGCAGCACUCAAUGUCUCGGCAGCGAAAUCAGGAAUCGACAACUUACCUUUAGUGCUAGGAGUCUCCUUAUUUUCAAUUGUCUCAGGAGCCCUCCUAUCCGGUUGGGGGCUAUAUAUCCCAAUGAUGAUCUUUGGGUCUACAGUGGCCAGCGUCGGUUGUGGCCUUAUUUACACUCUCGAUGCCGAUUCUACGUCUGGGAAAUGGAUCGGUUACCAAGCCUUGGUCGGAAUAGGACUAGGCCUCGUCUUUCAGAUCCCCGUCAUCGUGUGUCAAGCAAUAUGCGAAUCCUCAGACCUGUCAUCAGUCUCGGCGAUCGUGCUAUUCUUCCAGACAGUGGGAGGCUCCAUCUGGAUCUCGGCAGCCCAGGCGGGUUUUGCAAACAGGAUGUUGGCAGUUCUCCCUCAGAAAGCGCCCGGUGUCAAUCCAGCUCAGGUCCUCGCAACAGGUGCUUCGGAGCUACGACAUGUUUUCGACGCCGAACAAAUCGACGGAAUCAUCUCGGCAUACAUGGAAGGUCUCCGAAUUCCAUUCGCAAUCUGUAUCGCGUGUGGAUGCUUGUCUUUUAUUGUGUCAUUUACUCCCAAGUGGGAAAGUAUCAAGGGAAGGGUGAAGAUGGAUGCAGGGGCCGGCUGA